CCCAACACGCAUGCGCAGCCCGGGAAGUUCUUUCUUUCUCUUUUUCCCCUAGACUCUUCCCUCCCCUAGUUCUGCGAGUUGAUCCACGCGAUAUCUUUGAUUCUGCAGCGGGCAGCGGGCAGCGCGAAAUAUGCUUUUCUAUUCCUUCUUCAAAUCCCUGGUAGGGAAGGACGUCGUAGUGGAAUUGAAGAAUGAUUUGAGCAUCUGUGGGACCUUACAUUCUGUAGAUCAGUACCUGAAUAUCAAGCUCACGGAUAUUAGUGUGACAGAUCCAGAAAAAUAUCCUCAUAUGUUGUCCGUCAAGAAUUGCUUCAUUCGUGGCUCUGUUGUCCGCUACGUCCAGCUUCCAGCCGACGAGGUGGACACUCAACUCUUGCAAGAUGCUGCUCGCAAGGAAGCCCUCCAGCAGAAACAGUGAUGAAUUUUUAUUUGUUUUAUUCUCCCUGUGUGACUUGACCUUCCUUGAAGAAGAGCUGCAGAAUGGUAGAAGGUCACGUUAUCUCUCUGUGUGUGGAAAUACCAGCAAAGUUAGCAUUGUAAAUAUGGCCAUCUGUCUUCCUUGGAUACCGACGAGGCUUCCACUUGCUAAUGUUUGUUCCUUUGUUAUGCAGCAUCCAUCCAUAAAGAUGUUCACACCAACCUCCUCCAUCUCUUAGGACUUGCUGGAGAGGAAGGUUGGUGAGCACUAAAUUGAAGAAGAAAUAUUUUGGUCAUCCCUUUCUGAUUUAAAACCAGUAAUAAAAUCCUUCCAUUAUCAGUCCUCUUCCUUGCUCUCUUCAGCAUUCAGUGAAUGGCGUUGUUGUGUAGUAGAAAAGUCCAAUUUUGGUCGAGGAUUGAUAGUCAGCCAUGAAAAUAUUAUUAUUGCUGUAGCUUAUUUGCCCUGCAAAGUGCCCUAAACAUGGUUUUCUUCAUGUAUUACCAGCCCUUUCUAAUUUCCUUUUGUUCCAAUGCAGCACAGCUAAUGCUAGUGUGAUUUUUUUUUCCCAUGUUGGUGUACUUCCUAUUUAUAGGAUUUGAAGCUAUGCUUUCUUUGGAAUUUCAGCAGGUUAGAAAGAACCUGCAAACUCCCAAGUAUGGAGAGUGUUCCAUUUUAUUUUUGUUAUACACACAAUAUAAAUACCCUUCAGUUUCAAUCUAAGCUUUCUUUGUUGCAAUAUAAAAUGGCGGCUGUGUUUUCUCCGGCCAUUAGAAAAAGUUGUAGGUUGAGCCCUGCUCUUUUUGAGUUUUUUUUUUAACAUAUCACUUGUUUUGUUGUUGCCUUUUGUAUUUGUUGUUCUCAUUUUAUGGGCUAAUGCACGUGUUUUUUAGGAAUACUUUUUGAAAGCAUAAUGAUUUGUUGAACAGAAAAUGGACAAUUAAAAGUUUGAUUUGAAAGAUA